CCGAGAAGGAUCUGGACGAGGCCUACCUGAAGCGCCGGCCCGUGGAGUUGCCCCGCGGCACGCUGCCCCUGCACGCGCUGCGGCGGCCGGGCACCGGGGGCGGCUACCGCAUGGAGGCCUGGGGCGGCCCCGAGGAGCUGGGCCUGGCGCCCGCGCCCAAUCCCCGGCGGGUCAUGUCCCAGGAGCACCUGCUGGGCGAUGGCGGCCGUUCGCGCUACGAGUUCACGCUGCCGCGGGCGCGCCUCGUGUCGCAGGAACACCUGCUGCUGUCCUCGCCCGAGGCCCUGCGCCAGAGUCGCGAGCACCUGCUGUCGCCCCCGCGCAGCCCCGCGCUGCCCCCCGACCCCACCGCCCGGGCCAGCCUGGCCGCCUCGCACUCCAACCUGCUGCUGGGGCCCGGGGGGCCCCCAACACCGCUGCGCGGGCUGCCGCCACCGUCCAGCCUGCACGCCCACCACCACCACGCCCUGCACGGCUCGCCGCAGCCCGCCUGGAUGUCCGACGCCGGCGGGGGCGGGGGCACGCUGGCCCGCAGGCCGCCCUUCCAGCGCCAGGGCACGCUGGAGCAGCUGCAGUUCAUCCCGGGCCACCACCUGCCCCAGCACCUGCGCACGGCCAGCAAGAACGAGGUGACUGUCUGAGGCCAGGGCCGGGGCUGGGGGGCUGCGGCCUCCCGGGCCCCCCGUCCCAGCCUGGAUCCCCCGACACAGGCGCACACAGGCCAGGGGCCUGGGGCCCAGAUCGGCCCUUGGACAGGAGUCAAAGCCUCCUUCCGGGAUGUCCUGGCAGACAAGAUUCCUCCUCCUAUUACGUCACUGCUUGAGCCAAGGCCUCCUUCCCAUGAUGUCAUCCCAGAGGAAGAGGCCGGCCCGUGAGGUCGUCGCUAGCAAAAAUGUCUGUGUUCUGUGAUGUCAUCACAGGGACAAAGCCUCCUUCCCAUGAGGUCAUCCCAGAGGAAGAGGCCGGCCCGUGAGGUCCUCGCUGGAGGCCAUGUCCAUGUUCUAUGAUGUCCUCAGAGGCUUCCUUCUUGUGCUGUAAUAACAGAGAUGAUGCCUUGUUCCAUGACAUUCGAUCCUGUGGUGUCACUGCAGAGACAAUCUCACCUGGAUGAUGUCGCCUCUAACUCCACGGCCUCUCUGGGCAUCAUCGCCAUGGGGAAGAUAUUUUCUCCCUGUGUCUUUGCAGCAGAGAAGGUGCCUCUGUCCCAUGAUGUCGUCAUUACAGACAAAGCCAUCUUCCUGGGACACGUCGCAGGGGAAAAUGCCUCACCAACUGUGUCCUCACUAGACCUAAGGUCUCCUUUUCACCACAUCAUCACAGGGACCCUGCCUCCUUCCUGUGAUGCCAUCACCAGAGAAGGUGCCUUGCCCUAUGACGUCAUCAGAGGGACCGUGCCUCUUCCUGUGAUGUCAUCACCAGAGAUGACCACCCACUCUGGGACCUCUCCAGGAGGAGGCCCCUUCUGCGCUCUCGCCCAGAGGCUACGUGCUCUGAGAUGGCACGAGGAGAGGCCUCCAUUGCUGCCACCAUGUUGUAGAAGGCAGGGCAGGCCCAGAGUCCAGGACAACCCCAGGGAAGAUGCCAGAGAGCAGAGAGGAGCCCUGUCCUGAGAUGUUGUCUGAAGGAAGCAUGGCUGGGGAGCCGCCCAUGUGGAGGGCCUCCUCCAGAGAUGAUGGUCGGUGUAGGCUGUUGGCAGUGAACCCCCUACCCCAGUGCUGUGAUGGCAUCACCAGAGCUUCCUCCUCAGAGGCACUGCCCACUCUGGGAGGCCAUCGGUAUUGAUGGUGUCACCAGAGUUACUGCCUUGUCCCACCAUGACUUAGCUUGGUUGCUCCCUCCCCAAACCCAAGGGACAUGCCCAGCAGGAUCUCUGCUAGACCCUCUGAGAGGAAAUGGGGCCUUGGAUCCCACACCUGUGCUAUGACUCCUGGGAGACAGAACAUCCAGAUGCCCUUCUGCUCCCAGGAGGCCACUCUGGAUCCCCAGGAUCCUGGAGUCCUGGCACUCACAGGUGUCCUGUAGCCUGGCCUCACUCUUCGUUCUGCCAUAUCUAAAGACAAUCACCUCUGUCAACAAAGUCCUAGCCUUCUACUGGGGGGAGGUGCUUGAGGUACACCUACUGUUGCCCUCACUGACACUGUCAGCACCACACAAUACCCGCCACUCAUGAUGGCACUGCACCCGGGGUCAAGUGUUACCCAGGUCUGAGGAUGGAAUCCUUUCCCAGGAUUCCCUAUGACCCCCAACUAUGGUAACAUCUUCUUCCAGGAUUUACCAUGACUAAUGGUGUCACCAUCUCCCAAGACUCUCCAUAGCCAACGGUGUCACCACCCUCCAUGAUUCCUCACAACCACGGUGUCAUCAUCUUUCAGGAGCCACCACAGCUGACGAUGUCAUCAUUUCCUAGAUCCCGCCAUGACCAAUGAUGACAUUACCUUCCAGAAUCCACUAUGCCUGACACAGACAUCCUCUACUGAAAUCCACUAGGACUGAUGAUGCCACCAUUUCCCAUAAUCCCUCAUGAUUUUGGUGUCAUCACCUCCCACAACAGAACCAUGGUGUCAUGCUCCCAGGAUCCACUUCAACCAUGGUGUCAUCAUAUCCCAGAAUUCAUUACACCCAAUAGUGUCAUGAUGUCAUCACCUGCCAGAUCCACUUUAACCGUGUGUCUUCAUGUCCCAGGAGUCACCAUAGCUAUUAUGUUAUCAGUUCUCAGGAUCCACUCCAACCAUGAUGUCAUUAUCUCCCAGGAUCCAUGAGGUCCAGUGCUGUCACCACCCACUAGGAUCCACUUCAACCCUGGUGUCAUCAUCUCCCAGGAUCCAUGGGAUCCAGUGCUGUCACCACCCACUAGGAUCCACCAUAGCCCUGGUGUCAUC